AUGGACAUGGCCACGUAUCUGGAGCUGCCCACUGGUGGGAGGAUGCCUAUCCUGGGCCUGGGGACCUGGCAGUCUCUGCAGGGAGCAGCAAGGGACUCAGUGAGGUUUGCCAUCGAUGUUGGGUACCGCCACCUGGACUGUGCCUACAUGUACCAGAACGAGAGCGACAUUGGGGAUGCCCUGCGGCAAAAAAUCCAGGAAGGCGUCGUCAGGAGAGAAGAGCUCUUCAUUGUCAGCAAGCUGUGGUCCACCUUCCACGAGAGAUCCCUGGUGAAGCAGGCGUGCCAGAAAACACUUGCUGCCCUCCAGCUGGAUUAUUUGGAUCUCUACCUGAUGCACUGUCCCAUGGGAUUCAAGGCAGGAGAGGAGUUAUUUCCUGCAGAUGGAAACGGCAUGAUCAUUCCCAGCGAUACAGAUUUUCUGGAUACGUGGGAGGCUAUGGAAGAGCUCGUGGAUGUGGGAAUGGUGAAGGCCAUUGGAGUCUCCAACUUCAACUGCAAACAGAUCCAUCGGCUCCUGAGCAAACCAGGCUUGAGACACAAACCUGUAAAUAAUCAGAUUGAGAGCCAUCCCUAUCUUCCUCAGGAAGAGCUGAUUAAAUUUUGCCAAUCCAAAGGGAUCUCUGUCACUGCAUAUUGUCCCCUUGGAGCACCCAACUGGCCAAGGUCCAAGCCUGACCAUAUUUCCCUCUUUGAUGAUCCUCAAAUUAAAGAAAUUGCACUCAAGCACAACAAAACCCCAGCUCAGGUGCUGAUCCGGCUCCAAAUUCAAAGAAAUGUGAGUGUAAUUCCCAAAUCUGUCACUCAACAGCGCAUUGAAGAAAAUUUUAAGGUGUUUGACUUUGAACUGGCUCAGGAGGAGAUGGAGACCCUCCUUGGUUUCAAGAAGCGCUAUCGCAUCUGCGCAUUAAGCGAAUGCAAAAAUCACAAGGACUAUCCUUUCACUGAAGACUGACAUAGGCAUCAGACUCACAUCCUCCAGGGAUCCAGACGAUUUGUUGUUAUUUCAAGCAACUUACAAUACUUGGUGUAUUAAUUCAUGAUAGAAGGGAAAUAUGUAUUAAAAAAUGGGAGAAGGUAACUCACAGGAAUUCUGAAGAUUCAUCUUUGAACAUAGACACAUUUGCUUCAGUUUUAAUCAACCAGUUCUAUCAAUCCUUUCUCUGCUCCUGCAACAUAAUUUUCAGUCAAAGCAAAACAUAUAUUCUCUAUUAAUUUUAGUAAUGACAAUGAAGUUCAAUAAGCCCAUAUAUUUGGAUUAGGAAAAAGCUGUCAGAAUUUAUAGUUAUGACAAAGACUAAGUUUACAGAAAAUUGAAAUUCUGUCUAGUUAUGCUUUUGGACAAAAGGGUAAUAUAUACUCUUUUAAUUAUCAGUACAAGAAAAUCUAUUUAACAUCAGAAGAGCCUAAUGACAGGAGACGCUAAGUUCAGUAAUUUCAGUAUAAUAGACUGAAAGCUCUUUAGAGGACACUGCUGAACUAUGAUUCAUGAGAUCUUUUCUUAAUAAGCUUUGCUAUUUAUGAACUGCUAAAAACUAAUAAACUACUAGGAGACUUGUAUGUUUGGUUUAUUGUAUCUGCACAAGUAUAUAAAUACUGCCUUUAUCAGUAGAAUGGCUGCAGUUGAGACUGUGAAUCUCUCCUAGAAAAUCCACAGUCUGAUAAAAGAAUUAUUUUGUUUGGCAACUGCCAUAUUCAGCAAGCAGAAAAGCUGGGCAGCUUCACAGAAGCCAACAGUAAAUUUUCACUCUCCUGUACUGUUCCUAAGGUACUGUUUGCUUGUUUUGUGACUCAAAGGACAUCUCUGGUUUAAAAAAAAAAAAAAAAGUCAGUGCUGCUGCAGCCCAUGAGAGAAGGAGAAUUGUGUAAUUAAGUUUCAGGACUAGGACACACAUUUUAUCGAUAUCCUUUUCCAAUUCAUUUUUUUUGUAGCUGAUAAAGGAAAUGAUGACAUAUCUCUGAACUGCAUCAGACUUUUCCAAGAUGUCCGAAUAACAGAUGCUCUAGAAACAACAGAGCAAAUCCCCAUCAAACUGGAUUUCCUACAGCAACUCUUCCAAAGAAAGAUCAGAAAAAUGUAUCAAGAAUUGGCACUGAAGAGUUAUAAUGCAGUGAUAUGGACAGGAAGGUACCUGAAAUGGGCAGUCUCUUUUUUCCUCCUCCUGAACAUGCUACAUGUAAAGGCCAGUGGCAGGAUAUCAUCCUAGAUGCAAUUAGAAGGUGAACUCUGUGGAAGGUGCUAUGCUCCCAGGUAUUCAGCCUGUGGUCACUUGUCAAUCUACAGCAGUAGCAGCAAUACCCACUUAAGGCUGUAGCAUACAGUCAUCUUGAAAUAUUCUCUACUUCAUAGGAAUUUUCUAAACACAAUUUAAUCACAGCUAUCAGACUUGAAGCUAUUUACAGGAUGUUUAUAGACUGUGGUAGGCAGGAAGUCAGACUAGAUGAUCACAGUAGCCAUAUAAUAGUAAAAAAUUCAAAACAAGUUAGAAGCCAGAGAUUGUGUGUUUGUUUCAGAGACAAUAGAUCUUUUUCAGCUGCAGAGACUCUAGCUAAGGUAAAAGGAGAAGAAUUUGGGUGGUGUCAGUUACUGGGAAAUAAAGCCCCCCUGUUCUGAGCAGAGCCACAGCCCUAUUUACAGUGUGCCUUUCUAGAAAAGAGUUGCUGCCUCACAGCAAGCACAGCCCUGAGUCUGCUGCUAGGAGCUGCAUGGAAAGGUUUUUAGUACCCCAAAUUAAUUUUCAGUUGCCAUCAGCUGUGCAGCACUGCUCUCACACCAAAGCCACACAUACAUGGUUCCUAGUCAGCAGCAACAUUAUCUGUGCCAAUAAGCCCAGUAAAAUGAAAACACCUUAGCUGAGCAUUUUGUCUUUGUAUCACAGUGUGUUGUCCCAUGACUUCAGCUUUUUAUUGCUGAGUUCAUCCAUUCUGGUAUAGUCAAGCCUCAUGAAAAAUUCCAAAGGGGCUGGGUGAAAAAAGUAAAGUGUUAUGUCCAUGUUUUGGAGGGAAAACUGGGUAACACAGGUAAUGAACAACAGGCAAAAAUCCAAAACUCUUUGCUGAUCGUGGCUGCUCAUGUUUUCCAUCUACUAUAAUUUCAAGCUCUCUCAUAUAGAGGUCAAAAUCAUUCAAAAGCCAACUGAAUGAGAAGCCAAAGACAGUCAGGUACAAACCUAUUUCAUUAACUUUUUGCAAGCAAUCCUGCAGCAGAAGUACUGACCCUUGCUUCCUCUGAAUCUUGAAAAAAUACUUGAAGACUGAUUAGGAUAAUCAAUGGCCUAGGAAUCAUUUAUACAAAUGGCAACUGAGCAGACUAAAACUUUUCUUGACCUGACACCAGUACAAGGAGUUGUGCCAGAUAUUUAUCAAAUCUGGAGCAGCUUCCCAAAGUGUGACUGGAAAUAGCCCAUUUGUUAUUCCCUCCACUGUAAAAACCCGUAGAACCCAAUUAAUUUAUCAGCAAAUCAGCCCAAAACAAACAGGAGGUGGAAAUUCUUCACAAACUGUGUGUGGAGCAUCAUUCCCUUGGAACAGAACAGAUUCACAAGAUAGCUGAGCAAAGAGUGAACUGAUGGCUGUUGAACUGAAAAACAUCGUCAGAAUAUUUAAAUAAAACUUUGCUGCAAUGAUGAACUUAGCUUCAGCAACUUAAUUAACACAGCUGGAGAUAAGAUGCUGCAAUAUGCAAAUACUUGCCCUGAUUCUGUUCAGCUGCUCUUAUGAGCUGACUUGUAAGCAGGCCUGUUUCAGUUUUAGAAAAGCUUGAUUUUGCAUUCAGCUUAUUUUUUUUCCUUAAGAACUUGGAAAAAAUACAGGGUUUUGCAGAUGUUUGUACUAGUGGUCCUGUACCAUGCACUUCAACAAGUUAAAAUGCAAGGCCAGUGGGGCCUAUUUAAUAGUUUAAAGAGCUGUCUCACAGGUAAAAUAAACAAGGUCCUGCCAGAAUAAGACAGGGCUCUGUAUUUUAAAUACAGAAACCAAGGAUAAGGCAGAGGAAGGGAUGACAAAUAUUGACAGUUAGUACUCCCCUAGUGUGUCAUCUACAAAGUGACUGAAAUGAAAAUAAUUUGUUCCAACUUAACUCUUCUGUGCCCCAGUUAAGCAAAAUACUCCAGAUUUCUAAUUGUAUCUUCAACACUGAGUACACAUGAAAAUCCAAAGACAGAAUUUUCUUUUCUCAUUUUUAAUACUGUAGUUUCCUGUGCCCCAGUUUUCUCACCUCUGAAACAAGUGCAUUCCAUAGCAUUUGUGCAGCCUUGUGAGCUCAGCAAGAGAAGUCCUUGCUCCUUUUUCUCUGAGGGAAGCCAACACCAAGUUACAGAGCAUCAUAUGAGAAGUGAUUCCAGCCAGACAGGCCUGUGUAUUUGUGCUCCAGUACCAGAAGUAAAGCUGUUUUCUCACAAAGAAACAUCAAAUGUGGCCUGAAACAACCACACUGUGCCUGCCAGACUUUGCUGUUCUACCUUCAACCAGCAAGAUGCCAGUUACAAAUACUUCCUGUAUCCUCUACUACACUAAAGAAAACUUGCAAAAACACUAUCUUGCCUUCUCUAAUGAGAUAAUCGCUGUUUUCCCUGAUAAAUCAAUUCACCAUCAUUCUUUGCUACCACAAAUUGAUCCAUCCUGAGAGCCAUUUUCUUUUAAACAAGAAAUAAAGGCCUGCUAAUCUGGUAUCACUUGGACCAGUGAACACAGCUGGUAGUACAACAAAUUUUGUGCAAGUACUGAUUUUACCAGUUCCAAGGACAGUUUUUCUGUUAGCUGCUCUUGAUCUUUUCCUGUAGGCUGGAAAUCCUCUUCCCAGAGUGUUCUACAGUAGCACACUAGCUCAGCUGCUGCAGCAUAGUCCCCAGAAUGUCUAGGAAGAGGCUGACAAGGUGGAGCUGAAGUACAAGUUCUUAAAUUAAGAACACAAAACAAAACAGAACCAGCUUUUCACUGGAAGAGCUACAAGACUGUAUUUGUCCUUAAAAAUGUCUUUGAUCAGAAACCCAGAGAUCUGUCAAAUCACAACACAAAAAACAAAUGCUGUGAACAGUUUCAGCAGGAAGAGCUCAGUUAGCAGGAAUGCUGAGCUCCGGAUAUUGAGCUCUUUGAUCUUUCCACUUUACCUUUUACGAGAUGAAAGAAAAUCUCUGCUCUUGUAGGCAGAGUAUGGCACAAGCAUGGGGGUACAAUAGACUGUAUUUUACUGUAACAAUUCCUAGCCUGAAGGAAGACUGCCUCUUCCUCCAUCUCAGCUUUAAUUGUAUCUACCCUUGGAGAAGCAAUCCAAAACCAUUAAGGGUGACAGGAUUCUCUGUCACUCCCUUCCCAUGCUUUCUGUUGAAGCUUGUGCAUCAUUACCCCUGUACUCAGGUGCUUUUCUGUUUACCCUCCAUUCUCACUCUGAUACAUCACCAAGAUCCAAGCCCUCUGCCGGCUGAGUGCUGCACUGUGUCCCAAAAUGACCCUUUCCAAAUUCCUUCCCACUAAGUCAUCCAGGGAAAUACAGAGAGAGCCUGUUACAAUGCCACUCCACCCCAAGUGCUCGCUGCUCUCCCUUGUGCCCUGCAGCAGUCUGUCUUCCAAGCUGUCUCCAGUAAAAUUCCUACUUCCAGAAUGGAAAAUUUCAGGCACAAACUUCCAUAAAGUUAGAGUGAAAUGAAAACAGAGGAAGCUAACAGAACUUGAUGUACUAUUUUGGAAACCCUGACCCUCGAUGUAACUUCUUGCCAGAACACACUUGUCACAAAAAUGCUUUUUGCAAGCAAGUCAACAUUGCCCCAAACAGUUUUCUGUCACAGCUCAGACUAAGCAAACAACAUCACCUCAUCUCACUUUCUCAAAUGCCUUAGGGCUUUUGUUUAUCACAUUAAAGACUCCAAAGAACUUACAGAGCUGAAGCUUUCCAUUAGCACUUUUAAGGCCAGAAUUUAGAGUGAUUUAUAAUCAAUUUAUAUGAGAAGAAUCAGUAUUAGAGGAGCAUAUUGCUUCAAGUCAAGACACUGAUACUCACCUCCUCAUAUUUUAAGUUCACUCCACCUUGUCUGUUCAGCCUAUUGUAAACUACUGUGACCAAGAAAGUGUUGCAUGCUAAUUCUGGUCUGAGCAAUACUGGAAAAAUUUUAAAAAAUAAUUUUAAGGUUUUCUGAUAAAUACUAACUACUACAUUGAGAAAGCACAUUUUUUUGGGAAUUUCCAGUAGUAUGACUCCUUAGAUUCCUUAUAACCAGAAACAGGAAAAAAAAAUCACAUAUUUCACAAAUACUUUGAUAUCAACUUGCCUUCAUGUUAAAUUUUAACCUGGCCAAAUUCACUUUAAGGUUUGCUAUGUAAUUACGGAAUCACAAUCCUACAUUUACCAUUUAGAUGGGUUUUGCCCUGGUGUCUCCCUUUUUCCAUGUGUUCAGAGAGAAACCUGUUUCUCCCAGGCCUGCAUAACCCCCUCAGAGGGACCACUCACAUCCCAGAGCUACUCAGACAUCCAAAAAAAUAUCUAACAGGAAUAUGCAAGAAAGCCACCCAACAUCAGCCACUGUUUUUAAUAGCACCCAAAGGCAUUUUGGGAACAGUCUUGAGCAGCUCUCAGGAGCAACAGCUUGAAAACCACUACAUGCAAGUAUUGUGAAAACCACAAAGGGACAAACACUUGACAAAACAGUUCAGUAUCAGCCUACUUACCUGUGCUCCCUGAACUAAGAAUUAAGCUUCUGAUCUGCUAGCUCAAUGACAGACUUUUCUUGGAAACAUAUUUUUGGGUUUUGGUUUCUGUACAAGCAGAGAAUUCCUUCCUGCAUCAUGUGAUCCCUGCUGGAGAGGGCAAAUUUUCUACUCCUUAUUAAGGCAAUUCCACAGGAUGCUGUGUAGGCUUCAAGUCUUCAGUGGAAUAAAUUUUCUACUAGCAAAAGUACACUACCACCUCAGCAAAAUAAAAACUGAAUUAAAAAUUACUGUAUUGGUUGUCAGAACCAAAACAGUUCUAUUUAAAGAGAGACACAAACAGAGUCAUUAGCCCAAAGUUCAACCAUUAGAACAGCAGGCAGCUCCCAGGACACACAUAAGUCAACAUCAACAGAUUAUUUUGUGGGGGAUGGUAAUUUUCCUUGCUUUUAUAUCAUCUCUAAAGACAGCUGAUAAUAUACAGCUGCUCCAGUAUUACUACCAUUAGAGCACUGCUGAAAUAACCAUCUCAUUACACACACUAAUCAAACUGUAUUUUAUUAUAAGCAAAACAGCUUUUAAAUCACAAAGAAACCAGGAUCUAUACCCUUUCCAAAGAGCUAUCUGUGUAGAAAACACUUAGAGAUCAACUUAUACUUCCAAUUAGAGGGAAAAAGGCAUGGAGUGUUACAAAGAAACAGAACCAACCGCAAAAGUAACCAGAAAAAAAAAAACCCAGACCUCAUUAUAUGGCAUCUGCCAAUAUCACAGUAUUCCAAAAUCAAAGUGACUGCUUGAUUCAACUUGCUCAAUGCUUUCUGCUUACCACCAAUUCCAGACUUGCUGUUUGGCAAAGAAAAUCUACUAGGGCACACAAUGUGCUCUUCAAAA